AUGGUGCUGCUGUUAGAGCCGCCUUAUAUCUUGCAGAGGUGGGCUGCCUCACAUCAGCAGGAGAGCAUCAGUGGCGGAGGCAGCAGUAGCAGUAGUAGCAGCAGAAGUGGAACUGUCUUGACAUGCCCUAAUUGCCCAAAGACCUUCAGUGGACCAGGACGCCAGCAGUUGUAUGAGAGGCAUGUCAUAGUACAUACAGGAGCUCGUCCCUUCAACUGCCCCCAUUGUACAUACAGGGCUAAUCAGCUAUCAAAUCUCAGGCGCCACAUCAAGAGUAUUCACCUACCUGGACAGCCACAGUCAAAUGAUUCUCGAGUUCAUCCAUUUCUGAAUCCAUCUGUUCGUCAAGGGCUCAUUCCAGCAAGUGGGGAAGUAGGGAACCAUGUGGUUACACAGUCUGUGAUUUCACCUGGACACACAACCUCCAGUCGAGAUGUUGAGAUGCAACCUUCCUUCCUUUCUGCAACUGAUGCUGCUUCAAGUGACUCCCACCACCAUCAUUUUGACAGAAGCAGUUACGAAGGAGCUAGUGCUGGUGCUGGCAAUAGUCAGAGACAAUGUUAUAUUAGUGAGGAGGAAGAUCUUGCUGAGAAGGAAAUUUUGAAUGUUGAGGAGGCUGAGAGUGUAGCUGUGUUGUGUGUUUUCCCGCAGGGAUUGGCUGUGCAGGUGCGACUUGGAGACGUGGCCUCGCUGGUGUGCCCUAUGUGUGGAAAGGCCUUUAGUGGCCGUAAUCGCCGUCAGAUCCUGGAGAGACACAUCGCUACUCACACUGGGCACAAACCUUUCACCUGUGGUCAUUGCCCUUUCCGCUCCUCUCGUCAGGACACACUCAAGACCCACAUUGCCAGGAUGCAUAGGGAGCAUAUUACUGUUGCUGCCUUUUCUGGAGGAGGAGGGACUGGAGCAGGAGAUGCUUCAUUAUCUCAAGCUCACAGGGAAUCAAAUUCCGUGUUGCGAAUUAGUGGGAUUAGAACCAUGAGGGAGAUGGUCACGUUUGAUCAUAGUCAACUGUUGCAAAACACUUCUCUUCAACAGAGAGAAACUUCAGCAUUAUCAUCAUCGCUUGAAAAUCAGUCUGUCACUGCUGAUCCUUCCCAAGAUAGCCCAACCCUAUAG